AGCUCCACUAAAGGUGUCAAUAUGACCUCUGGACAGGCCGCGUCGCAUUUGGCUGUGUUACAGCAUCAACUGGAACUAAAAAUCGAAGCCAAAUUGAAGUUCUCACAGUUCCUGGAUGAAGUGAGCAGCCGAGUCCUUUGCCCUACCAACCCGUUCGUGUUGUCCAAGCAGACUGAAUCCUCCAGGUCUAACUCUUCCAUCUCCAGUCACAGUAGCAAGUCCAGGAUCCCAGACCCUCAACAGCAGCUGGGGGACGUGGACUUUUCUCAGAGCCCAGAUCAGCUGAAGAGCAUCCAGUCCGUGGAUGGGAUGCAGGAAGAACAAGGUGCUCCAGAGACUCUAGAAAAAGCCUACCUGGAGACGGACAUCGACUGUGUGCGAAGAGAGGAUGAGAUAAAGGAAGUGAAGACCAAGAAAGAGACGGCCAUCACAUUUGAGAGCAACGGGAGAAAAGAAGUUAAGACUACUACAGAAUGUCUUCCAAACCCCAUCCAGAGAAUCAGACCUUUGAGCCCGCUGCUCUACAGAGGGGAAACCCCCACUAAAUAUCCUUGCCGAUCUGUUUCCCUUCCCAGGGACAUCAACAUGGCUCCUGAUGAGGAGAUGCAGACCAUAAGCUCUCUGCAGGAACAAAAAGAAGACCUGCGCAAACGUCUCUCCUACACCACUCAUAAGCUGGAGCUUUUAGAGCGCGAGUUUGAUUCCACGAGGCAGUACCUGGAGACAGAGCUGCGCCGAGCCCAGGAGGAGCUUGACAAGUUCACCGACAAAUUACGCCGAAUACAGAGCAGUUACUCGGCACUGCAGAGGAUCAACCAGGACUUAGAGGAUAAAAUCCACCAAAAUUCACAGCACCACGAUGAUGAGAAACGGGCUCUUAGCAGAGAAAUCAUCGUCCUUAACAAUCAUCUCAUGGAAGCUAAGAUGACCAUUGAGAAACUGAGAGAGGACAAUGACUUAUACAGAAAGGACUGUAACCUGGCUGCACAGCUCUUGCAGUGUAAUAAGUCACAUUACAGAGCCCAGUUAUCUGAGUUGCCUGCAGAGUUUCAGGAGCGUGUAAGCUUGCACAUGGAGGGUUCUUCUCUCUGCCAUUCCCCGUAUGCCGACACAGUGCCUGCCUCUGUCAUUGCUAAGGUCCUGGAGAAACCAGACGAGGUCUGCGGCAUUCAAGCCUCUCGCUCACCCAGCCCACAACCCAAGGAACGCCAGGGAUUCCUUGUGGGCACAAGCCUUGUGGGUAGCACUGAGCGCCUUGGCCUCCGAGCUACUUACAAGUCAGACCUGCAUAGCAGUGAUACAGCACUUUAUUGCCCUGAUGAACGGAGACGAGAGCGCAGACCCAGCAUGGACCUCCAUGGACAGCGGAAAGUGUAUGAACCCCAGAACUCCACUGACAGCAACCCAGAAGAGGGAUCCAUGUCCCUGCAGCCUGGCUUCUCCCAGGACUUCAGAAAGUUUACAACCUCUCUGGGAGGAGGCUCUAGCUCUUACUCAAGUUUUAGUGGAGGAGGAUCAGAGGACAAGGGUCAGGAUCCUCCAAGCAGUGCUGCAUCUUCUCCGCGCCACCAAGCUCUUUACAUGGACUGGAGGGAUGGAGGUGAAUACGAGCACAAGAGUGACUCUUCCUGGGAGAGGGAGAGUCCAAGCGCCUUUACGAAGGCCCACACUUUUCAACAGCCUGAGUCUAGCCACCAUCAGAAUGGAAGCUCACCCAUCUACAGCAGAACAAUGUCUUCCUGUUACAGUGAACCUUAUGAGCCCCUGCCACCUUCCACCUCCCCCAGCAUCACCUAUGGUGACAGUCGCCGUGGAAGUGCUUUUAAUCCUGAGGAGGAAGAGCUGAUUGGUCGUUGGAGGCAACUGAGUGUGGAGGACCUGAGUGCCCACUCAUACCGUAGUCCCGGCCGGGCAUCACCCUACAGCUUCUCUGAGCAGCACUUCUCAGUCCGGCCUGCAAAAAUCCGUCUUGGUCCUCUCUAUAGUAGCUUUCAGGAAGGUACUGAUGUAUACCACCAUCAUGCCGGGGUAGUAGAUCCCUUCUCUAGCCCCAGCCCUGAUUGCAGCCCAGGCUUACGGCAGCAGCAAAGCCAACCUCACCUUUACCACUCCAAGGAGGAUAGCCAAGAGUCUGAGCACAGCCUCUACAGCCCAAAAGAUGGUGCGGUGGCAGCUGGGGGCCAGGCAACAGAGUAUGUUGACGUAAGUCCCAACAGUUCAAAUGAGUCACUGGACCAUGGAUCUCUGGAGAUGGCUGCUGAGCUGCAGCAUUACCAACCCGAGAGGCACAGCAUGUCCCCUCAGGGAACCACUCCACCACCCCCUCCACAACAACCGUACCAAAAAUUUGGCACACUAGGACUGUCAAGAAAGGACAGUCUCACCAAGGCACAGCUCUAUGGUACUCUACUAAACUGAGAGCAGAGUUUCCUGGUAACUCUCUUUCACGGAUCUGUAGUACUCUACUAAACUAAGAGCAGGGUUUCCUAGUUCCUCUCUUUUGUCAGUAGGUUUUGAAUGUUAAGCUACAGUUUGAGGCAAACAUUUGAUGGGAUUUUCUCUUGAAUAUUUUCAGUCCAUAAGCUCUCUUAUCUUUAUCCCCCUCUAUUUCUGUAUCUGUUACAGUGUUUUCUAAACAUCGAACAUAAUUUGCUCAUGUUUCUACAGUUAAUAUGAAGCUCUAACACUCGGCACUAUUUGUAUAGCCUAUUUUGAAAGUUUAUUAAUGGUUCUGUGUGGUUUUUGGAAAGUAUUUUAAGUACAUUAGAUGCAUUAUGAAUUUUUCAAACUUGUCUGCAGAGAGAGAGAGAGAGAGAGAGAGAGAGAGAGAGAGAGAGAGAGAGAGAGAGAGAGAGAGAGAGAGAGAGAGAGAGAGAGAGAGAGAGAGAGAGAGAGAGAGAGAGAGAGAGAGAUUAACUUUGUUUUACCAAAAGCCUUCUGGGCUCAUAAGGGUUUCUGAAUGGACAACACAUGCUUUGUAAAAAAGAAAUGCUAAUUUUGACAAGAAAUUUGAACUUUUAUUUAAUUUAUAAAUAGCUGUAUUUAAUGUUAAGUAUGCUAUAUCUAUAACUGUUUAAUAAAUGUAACACUAUGGAGAGACUGACAAAUCUAUAUAAUUGUAAAUGAUUUAUAUUGCUAUUAAUAAGGACGUCAGCACAAUUACACGCUGCAAACUACGGUGCCUGUGAGAGGACAUGGUCUGUUCACUUAGUUUUGUCACUGCCACGAAAUAAUAAUUUGUGGGAAUGUGAUUAUGUGUCGUGGGCACGAGAUAUUAAUUUGUGGGAACGUCAUCAUGUCGUGGCCUCAAGAUGCUAUGUUGAGGAAACGACAUCCACUUCUCUUAUGUUGAGGGAACGGCAUAUUUUUCUCAUGGCCACGAGUUUAAUGCGUAAACAAACCUGCGUGACAAUAGCAACCCAGGAUUAUCAGAGAUGUAUUAAUUAUAAUAUUUUAUUUUGAAUUAAGAAAAUAUUAUAUUAUUUAUUAUAGCAUGCCAGUGGCUGCCCUAGAGUGGUGCUAUAGCCCUAUCAGAAACUUGCUCAGCCCCUAGAUUCAUUAGUAAAUGAAAACACAACAGGCUCAUUUAUCAUUUAUCUGACAAUUAUGCCAAUAAAGUUUUGACGUGAUGUGAUGAUAAAUAAGCGUGUUGUGUUUUCAUUUACAAAUGAAUCUGUUUAUUAAUUCCUUAUUAUAACAAUUAUUUAUUCAAUUUAUUAUUUAUUCGUGAUAAACUUCAUUUGAAUGCUGACUAUCACACCCAAUAAAGUCCCGUAGCCAAGGCAUAUGGUUAUUAUAAUAAUUUAAUAAUUAAAUCUUUUCUAUAAUAAAUAAUAUAAUAAUUUCAUAAUUUAAAAUAAAACAUGAAUGAGUUGCUAUGGUCACAGAGGUUUGUUUACACAUUAAACUCGUGGCCACGAGAAAAACAUGUCGCUCCCUCAACAUAAGAAGACGUGGCUAGGAGAAAUAGAUGUUGUUCCCUAAACUUAGCAUCUCGAGGCCACGACAUAAGGAUGUCGUUACCUUGACAAAAGGAUCUCGUGGCAGCGACAUAAUAUGACAUUCCCAAAAAUUAAUAUCUCGUGGCCACGACAUAUUAUCACGUUCCCACGAGUUAUUAUGUCGUGGCCACGACAAAACUAAGUGAACUGACCAUGUCCUCUCACGGGCAACGUAGCAAACAAUUAAAAAUGCCUCAAAUGAUUUAAGUCAUGAUAACAAUUUGAUAUUUAACUGCGACCCAUUAAAGGAUCGUUCUACAGCUUUGUGAGCGAGACCUUGUGAAAACACUUUUUGAGAAUAAACUCUGCAUGGAUUCAUAAUACACUAAGUCAGCCCUUCAAAAUGAAGUCUCAACCAAAGUGAUACUUCUAAUCUAUUUCUAUUUCAAAUAGAUUUGAUAAUACUUGAGUCUAUUACAUCAUCAAACAAGUACAAUUUCUUGAAAGCACUGGGCAUUUAUUUAACUCCUGAUGUGUUUUGUUGGGCGAUGGAAUUUCCGAGGUGAUUGUUCUUUUCAGUGUUUUCUCUCUUUUGUUUCUCAGUGCUGUAAGCCCCUCCCUCAGGCCCUCUCUACCUCACGAUUCAAUCCCUCUCUUCUUUGUUAAUCAGCGGGGAUCCUGUGUCAGUUGACACAAUGAUGCAUGACUCUGUUUCUUCUGCUUUGCUUUCUAUAUCUAAUAAAGCACAAAAGUUGCACAA